AUGGAUCCCAGCUACAAUCAGUUCCAGGAUGCAAGCGGUCCUCGACCCCAUCCCUACCUUCAUGAGCCUCUCUUAUACAUCACUAACCUUCCACCCUAUGUCACUGACGAGAACAUCGCAAUGGCAUUCGCAACUUGUGGCCCCUUCAGGCCAAAGAUACACCGCGACGGCUCUCCUAACCUCCUCUCGGGCACUAUCGAAUUCAAGUUUCUGGACAAAGCGGAGAAGGCUUUGGCGACUCUCCAAUCGUGUCAUAUCCCAGAUCUCCACCCUCCAGUGUCUCUCGUGCUUUCGCCGUAUCCGCCAACGAACCCACCAACACCGUUGCCUCCGCCGUCAGCGCUUCCGCGUCUCGUCAAGCAACUUCCUCUAGAUUUUACGGACGGUCAGCUUUAUGAUCUCUUCCGCCCUUUUGGAGCCCUAGCCUCAGCCCGCACUCAAACACAUCUGGGCCCCGACGUUGGAAUGGUAGAAUUCUGGAAUGAGGAAGACGCGAUUCAGGCUGAAGAAGCAAUGCACUGCGCUGAAGUAGAGGGUCAAAACAUUGCUGUGCAGGUGUAUCAGCCAAGGCGCGCGACGACCAUCCCCGAAUUCAAUCCUGCUGCGCCAUCAUUUGUGCCGUCUGGUCUGCCCUACCCGCCUUUCCCUAUCCAGUAUUCACCACCCCGUGGAAGCCCGUACUCUCCUCUGCGUUCUCCUGUUCAAACCCCACCGCCCUUCAUCCAUGGGCCAGGACAACAAGUGCAACUCGCUCCUCAAGGGGCAAGCCACAGCGGUCUGAUCGAUCCCUGCAACCUGUUCUGUAAAAACCUGAGCCCCGAAAUCGAUUCAAAUAGCCUCUUCCAACACUUCUGCAGAUUCGGUCAGAUUGUUAGUGCCCGUGUCAUGCGUAAUGAGAAUGGAGAAAGCCGUGGCUUUGGUUUCGUCUCGUAUCACCAACCCGACCAUGCUGCGGAGGCUAUGCGUGUGAUGAACGGUGCUAUUUUGGGCAGCAAACAGAUCGUUGUCCGUCUUCACGAACCCAAGCAGUUGAGGCAGGAGAAGCUGGCACACCGGUUUGGCCACAAUGGACACCCCAGGAGAAGCUCCAGCGGUGCCACCAGUCCAACUGCCAGUGAAGCUGGAGAUUAUAGUGCAUGGAAUAGCCCUCGCAUUUACUCUCAAAGUCUUGGUUCUCCUGCCUUAUCUCCCAAACCGCCCCAUCUAGACCGACCUGAUAGAGGCAGGAGAGGUUCUGGAAGCUAUUACACCGCUGCGAUGAACGGAACACUAAACGUUCCGUUGAACUACAACAGUCUUGCGACGCUUUCACCUGUCGUCCGCAAGGAGGUCUUGACUGGAGAGCUCGGCCGCCGUGUCAAGUCAAUGAACGUGCUCGGCGACAAAGAAGUCGAUGCCUUGGUGGAAUCACUGGUCUCGCUUUCGCUGAGCAACGUCCUUCAGUACCUUGACGAUCCUGCGAAGCUUAAGGAUCAGGUUGAGUCGCAGGCGGCCAAAUUCCCGUCCAAAGUCGAGACUCCCGAGGAGUCGCCUUCAAGGCCUGCUUCUGAGCCUACGUCUCAGGAUUCAAGGUCAAUCGAGAACAACCCGGCUACGGCAAGUGCCCCUGAACACCCGUCGACACCCGUCUCUGUCGACCAGUCCUUGGUGACGCCUCCCCGAACAUCCUCGCCCGCAGGUUCGGUGCCACCGAUGUCGGAGCGAGACAGAAUUUUCGCCGCUAUUGCGAAGCUUGAGUCAACCCGCCAGAGCGACUUGACGGAUCUCAUCAUGUCCCUCCCAAAGAGGGAACGGGCGAUGUGCCUCUUCAACACGGAAAUUCUCCGUGCGAAGCUCGUCGAUGCGAAGAUGGUGCUCGACAGCGACGAUGCUCAGGACGACGGCAAGGCGGACACACAGUCAACCAAGUCGGCCCCGGCUCCAGUGCCUGUUACGCCUCAGGCGAAGAAGACAGCGAAGGUGGAGGCGUCGCCGUCGACUCCGGAUCUGUCGUCUCGUGGCCCAUCGGCAGCUGCGUCGCCUACGCCUGCGACACCUUCGGGCAGCAGUUCCAGCACACAUACAAUUGCCUCCCUUUCGAGGUUGCCUGCUGCUGAGAUCAUCAGGCUCGCAAAUUCCUCCUCGGCAAGCGCGACUGGCCUGCCUUUGCCCAAGGCUGACCCUCUUAUCGUCCAAGCUACCGACUCCUUCAUCGAUGGCAUUCUCGACAAGCCGAUCCAGCACCAGAAGCAGGCCCUCGGAGAGAAGUUGUUCAAAGUUGUCAAGUCUUUGGGUGUCAAAGGAGCACCCAAGGUUACUAUUGCCCUCUUGGACCAAGAGGAUCUGCGUGCCCUGGCACACCUCAUGAACAGCUACCCCUCUGUCCUCAAGGAAAAGGCUCUUAUGGCUGUCGCUCCCAAGUAG